UCGAGAGCUUCUUCUAGUUCAAGAAGAGACAUGGACAUGACUCUCUUCUCCUUCUUCUUCAUCUCCAUUUCGUUAACUCUCACUGCUUUGGUGGAAUCUGCUGGUCGUGGAGUUAACAAUAAUAACAAUGGUGGAUUAGGAGCUUCUUUCAUAUUUGGAGAUUCUCUAGUUGAUGCCGGUAACAACAAUUAUCUACCGACCUUGUCUAGGGCUAAUAUGAAACCUAACGGUAUCGAUUUCAAACCUUCCGGAGGAAAUCCUACCGGCCGGUUCACCAAUGGCCGAACCAUCGGUGACAUCGUUGGUGAAGAACUCGGAUCAGCCAACUAUGCAAUCCCAUUCUUAGCACCAAAUGCUACCGGGAAAGCUUUAUUAGCCGGUGUGAAUUACGCAUCUGGAGGAGGAGGAAUCAUGAAUGCAACUGGAAGAAUAUUUGUGAAUAGAUUAGGUAUGGAUGUACAAGUUGAUUUCUUCAACACGACAAGGAAACAAUUCGAUGAUCUACUUGGGAAAGAUAAAGCAAAAGAGUAUAUAAGCAAGAAAUCGAUAUUCUCAAUCACAAUAGGAGCAAACGAUUUCCUCAACAACUAUCUAUUCCCACUUCUCUCCGUUGGAACACGUUUCACUCAAACUCCUGAUAAUUUUAUCGACGACAUGCUCGAUCAUCUACGUGACCAACUCACCAGGUUGUACAAUUUGGACGCGAGGAAGUUUGUGAUCGGGAAUGUUGGACCGAUAGGAUGCAUACCGUAUCAGAAAACGAUUAAUCAGUUAAAAGAAGACGAGUGUGUGGAUUUGGCUAAUAAGCUAGCGAAUCAAUACAAUAUUCGAUUAAAGAGUUUGCUUGAGGAACUAAACAAGAAACUCCCCGGAGCAAUGUUCGUCCACGCCAACGUCUAUGAUCUCGUGAUGGAACUCAUUACUAACUACAAACAAUACGGGUUUAUAAGCGCGACUAAAGCUUGUUGUGGUAAUGGAGGACAAUUCGCGGGUAUAAUACCGUGUGGACCCACUUCAAGUAUGUGUGAGGAAAGAGAUAAGUAUGUGUUUUGGGAUCCUUAUCAUCCGAGUGAAGCAGCGAAUGUUAUCAUCGCGAAGCAAUUGUUAUAUGGUGAUGUAAAAGUUAUAUCUCCUGUUAAUCUCAGUAAACUUAGAGAUAUGUGAAAUUUGAAUUGUUUGUUGAACAAAUUUAAGUGUGUAUCCUUUGGAGAUAUGAAAGACUUGUUACUUUCAUGCAUUUACGUUUGUUAUACGCAAAGUUAAAGAAUCGAUCUUUGUAUGCAUUGUAUGUGUUGCCGUGUAUAAUUGUAGUGAAAAUGCCUUUUGUUUUGUUA